AUGGGAAUAUUCCAGAUGGUUAACGACAUUGGACAGGCAGACUUCACAAUUGAUGAAAUUGCUUCAUAUUCUGGAGCGGAUCCUGUACUAAUUGAACGUAUUAUGCGAUCUUUGAUCGUCAGUGGUCUCUUCACCGUCACACCUGGAAAUUCCUACAAACCAAAUGAUUCAGUCAAAGGGUUAUGCGAAGGUGGUGCGCUCAAGAAUAUGAUUACAUUUAUUCACGAUGUCACUGCUCUAAUUAGCCAAAAACUACCUGAAUUCCUCGCAAUUACAGGAUACCAAAACCCCAAAAAUGUGAAUCUUUGCCCUUUUCAGUAUUCAUUCAAUACCGAGGAUCGAUUCUACGACUGGCUGGCCGCAAAGCCGAUGCUCUAUAAAGCCUUUUGCGGGAUGAUGGAGGCUACCGAGAAACUCGUGUUGCGAUGGCUAGACAUAUUUCCUGCUUCUAAGAGGUUUGAAUCAUAUCGCGGGCCCGGAGCCACACGUAUGCUGCAACUUGUCGAUGUUGCUGGUGGAAUUGGACACAAUCUUCAAUAUCUUUUGGAUGAAAUACCGGAUUUAAAGGCUAAUCUUGUUCUUCAAGAUGUCCCGGAAGUUCUCAAAAACAAAGUUGACACCAACAAGGGUGAGAUCCAAAUUAUGCCGCAUGAUAUCUUUCAGCCACAGCCGAUCAAAGGAGCUGAUGUUUAUGUUUUGAGGCGUGUACUACACAAUUGGCCUGAUAAUGAAUGCCAGCAAAUUCUCGGACACAUUCGGGAUGCGAUGGAAAGCAAUUCCAUACUCCUCAUUCACGACCGAAUUUUUCCGGAGAAUGGAGGAGAGAUAUCUUCGGCAGAUGUCUCGUUAGACUUGUCAAUGAUGAUGUUAUUUGGCUCGAUGGAGCGUACCGAGAAACAGUUCACAACGCUUCUGCAAUCCGUUGGCCUGGAACUCGUACACAUUUGGAAAGCCGAGAAAGAAGCGCGAUGCCAGGAGGGUGUGAUAGAAGUAACUCGAAGCAAGGGAUAA